CUGUUUGCCUUUAACUUAAUAUUUGAAUUUUUCCAGAUUUACAACGGACCAGAUUCGUCAUCUUCGCUGAUUGGUGAGUUUUGUGGAUCAUCCUUCCCGAAUACCCCACUUAAGACUACGUCAUCAGUGAUGAACGUGGAAUUUCAUUCGAAUGAAUACAUUUCAUCUCAAGGCUUCCAUAUGACCAUAAGGGAAGUCGUCUACAUGUGCAGCGACGACCAGCUGAUACUUUCUUACGACGAACCGUCGCUUAUUUUGACUUCGCCCGGCUUUCCAGAGCACUAUCGCCACAGUCUCGAUUGCAUCUACAAAAUUCAAUCUCCUCGCGGCACCAGAGUUCAAAUUGACUUCGACCUCGACGCGUUCGAUUUGGAGCCACAGAUACAGUCAAAGUAA